CCGACGUGGGCGGUGGAGUGCCACGGGCUUGAAGGGCGGGGCGGCCGGAGGAGCGCGUGGCCAUGCGGCCCCGGGGGGACCCCGCCGCCGCCGCCGCCGCCGCCGCCGCCGCCGCGCCCCACGUGUCUAUCAUCCUCCCAGUCCACAACGCCGAACCGUGGUUGAAUGAGUGCUUGGAGUCUGUUUUGCAGCAGGACUUCGAAGGCUCCAUGGAGCUCUCGGUUUUUAAUGAUGCCAGCAAGGAUAAGUCCAUGACUAUCAUUGAGAAAUGGAAGGUGAAGCUGGAAGGUUCUGGUAUCCCCGUGGUCAUUGGCGGGCACGCUUCUCCUUCACCCCGAGGAGUUGGAUAUUCUAAAAAUCAAGCAAUAGCGCAAAGCUCAGGAUCUUACCUUUGCUUUUUGGAUUCGGAUGACGUGAUGAUGCCUCAGAGGGUGAGGCUACAACUGGAAGCUGCUGCCCAGCACCCGACAAGUAUUAUAGGUUGCCAAGUAAGGAGAGAGCCCCCCAACUCCACUGAGCGAUACACACGGUGGAUCAACCAGCUAGCAUCGGACCAGCUUCUUACUCAGAAGGGGACGAGAGGUUGCGGAGAAGAGCUUGUGUCAGGCUCGCCUGGUGUGGCCCCGAGCCCCAGACACCCUCCAUGGAUACGAGGGCCCCUUGCAGGCUCCCAGCGAGAACAGGUUUUUACCUCCAAUGGCCCAACUGUGAUCAUGCCCACCUGGUUCUGCUCUCGAGCAUGGUUUUCCCAUGUGGGCCCAUUUGACGAGGGCGGACAGGGUGUGCCCGAGGACCUGCUGUUCUUCUACAACCACCUCAGAAAGGGCGGUGGGGUCGUCCGCGUGGACCAGAGCCUCCUCCUGUACCGCUACCACCCAGACGCUGCCACGCACUCUGUCCUCGAGACCACCAUCUGGACCCACCGUGUCCGCUUCCUGGAAGAACGGGUCCUGCCGCACUGGGCAGCUUUCACCAUCUGGAACGCGGGCAGGCAGGGCCGCCGGCUUUACCGCAGCCUGGCAGCUGGGACACGACGCAAGGUGGUUGCCUUCUGUGACGUGGACGAGAACAAGAUCAGGAAGGGCUUCUAUUGCCACGAGGACUCUCAGGAAAGGCCUAAGCCUCGGGUUCCAAUCCUGCACUUCCGAGCUGCCCGGCCACCCUUCGUCAUCUGCGUGAAGCUGGACCUCACCGGGGGUGCAUUUGAAAACAACCUGAGGUCACUGCACCUGCAGGAAGGCCGGGACUUCCUUCACUUCAGCUGACGGGCCCAGGGCAGCUGCCCCCAGAUCCUGCUUGCUUUAAACACUGUUCAUCCUGUGUACCUGCUGCUUGCUCCUGUUUGCUCAGCAUACCCCCCCUGCACUGGAGCUGCUCAGCCGGGACCAUUUCCCACCCACACUUCAUUCACCAGCAGUGUCUCCCAGUAGGGCUGAACCCGCCCCCAAAAAUCUAGCAACAUCUGGCGGUAGUUUUGUUGUGCGAGUGUGGAAGGGGCUUUGCUACCGGCAUCUGGGAUGUUGCUGAAGACUAGUUCAGCCCAGCGGCGCCUAAGCGGUACCAUCGGUUGAACGUCCCGACUUUUGGCUUCAGCUCAGGUCAUGAUCUCUGGAUGGUGAAAUCGAGCCCCACAUCAGGCUCCGUGCUCAGCAUGGAGUCUACUUGAGAUUCUCUCUCCCUCUGCCCCUCCCCCUCCCCCUCCAAAAAAUCCCGGAAUUAUUCAGCCCCAGGUGCCAGCAGUGCUAAGGCUAAAAACCUAGCUAUGCAUCCGAGGCCUGUGUCAUCUGACGUGACUCUUUCUUCGGUGAUGGCUUUCCCACGUUCGCGGUUCUGCCACGGGGACCGUUCCUUUCCCUCGCACAGCGGGAGGCCCCUGCGGUUAGGGGCUGGGCAGCGCUGCAGCCGCGCGUGUGGGGUGUGCUCCUACCCCUGCGAGGGGUCUGUGGGCUCCAUCAUCUGGGAACGAGCCCCGUGACUCUCUGUACACACCAAAUUCUUUCUGCGGUCUCUUCUAUUUUUCCGGAUAAUUUCUUCAGCUGUGUCUAGUUGGUUGUUUAAAUCCAUUCAGGGAGCUUUUCCCCCCCAAUCUCAAUACUUUCUAGCACUUUCUAAAACAAAUUUGUGGCUGAUAUUACCAACAUCUCAGUCUUUUGGUGUCUGCUUCCAUUAAGUCUUGCUAGUGAUUCCGUUUGUGUAUUUUGUGACCUUUCUGGAGCGUGGGUUUGGGUUCUUUCCAUUCUGUGCAGAGAGAUGAGCCUGCACACUUCCAGAGAGGUUUCUGCCUCUUCUGCCCACUCCCUGGGAGCACCACUGGUUGGGGCGGCAGUUUGAGCACAUUUUCUGGGUUAGUUUUGAGAACUGCACAGGUUCCUCCAGGCGGACCUCCAGGAGACUCCCUCUCCCACCCAGCUCCAGGGGAGACGGUGACGGGGUGCUGUCCCCUCAUUUUCAUCCGUGCUACUGCUGAGGGCGCAGCCACCCGGGGUCCCAGCUCCACGUGGGCCUUCUGUCCUACCCCCACACUGCCACUGAAAUGAGACUUCCCUACGUGUCUCAGGCUCAACAGACACGGAUGCUCAGGACCCAGUGCCUGCUCACGGGGAGGUUCGGUUUUGUGUCUGGCAUGUGGCUGUGUGCACGUGGCCCCUCCCAGCUCCCCGUGCACAUUCUGUUCCAGGCACCCUGGCUUCUUGCUCUUCCUCAAACUCACCAAGCUCUUUCCUUUCUGGAGCCACAAGGUGCUUUUCUCUGUCUGGUGCCCACCUACUGCACGGCUCCUCCACGGCAGCCCCACACGCUGCCCACUGCAUGCUGCUCCCGGGCACUGGUUGUGCUAACAGGUCUGCUUCUGGCUACACUCUAAGCUGUGAAUGUGUGGGGCUCCUCUCUCCUAGAUCUACCACCUGGGCCUGGGGGCCCUCCGGAAACUGCAGCUGCAACCUGGUCAGAGCGAGAGUGACCAACAGGAGCUGACGUGGCUGAGGGCGAGCAGAGGCGCGGGGCCGUGUGCAGCCAGCGGGUCAGGUGGUUUCGCUCGGGCUGCAAUCUGGCCAGUGGUGGCAAGGGAGAGCUGUGCAGUGUUGGGUCUGUGGUGAGCUCGCCCAGCUCCAGGUCUCCAAAAGGGCUUCUCUUUGGAGUCUUGUGGAUUUUUAGUAUUUAUUUAUUUUUAAGAUUUUCUUUAUUUGACAGAGUGAGAGAGGGAACACAAGCAGGGGGAGUGGGAGAGGGAGAAGCAGGCUUCCCGCUGAGCAGGGAGCCCAACGCGGGGCUCGAUCCCAGGACCCUGGGAUCACGACCUGAGCCGAAGGCGGAUGCCCAACAACUGAGCCACCUAAGCACACCUGAAUCUUGUGGAUUUUUUAAAAGACACUAAAAACAGUUCAUUGUAUUGCUUCUCAGAAGCGGCUUGCUUGGCUUUCUGUAGCUGAGGUCCAGACACUGCUCUGCGGGUACCAUCCCCCCCUCAGUCCUCUGGGACCCUGGUGUGUGACCCCCACCAGCCGAGGGAUCUCUGACUAGUCUUCCAUCUAAAAUGGAGAGCUCCCUACUUAUUUUUGAGAGGCAAGCAUGUUUUAAGGUUUGAAUAAAAUACAAGUUAAUCCACAAAGUUAACACCAGACUUUCUUUUUCAGGGGGGUCUGAGAGGUGUAGCCCACGGAAGGUAAACGCUCCCACAAGUCAGCAGCUUAGCCCAGGCAAGAAAACCACUCCCUGUGAAGGAAGCAGCAACCAGGGUCUGCCAGGACCCAUCGGCUCCCUCGGCCCCCACUGCCACACACACCCGCGGGGGCAGCUCAUUCUCCAGCCCAGACACUGUCCGUCCUCGGUUCAUGGCCCCGACCACAGCACAGCCACCACCUUCGCCUCAGAUGUGGGUGGCAGCACCCGUUAUGCCACGUCCGGGCUGGCAUGAGACAGCAUACAAGGCCGUGUGAGCCCUGAGGUGGUGAACCUUCGUGCACAUCAGCCUCACUGGCCUUUAGGUUAGGUCUGCUCUGGGCAAUUAGAAAGAGACACUUUUUCAGGAACAAAGGAAUCAAAUGGGGAACUUCCCCACAUGGCACCAGAGAACCCGGUAUCCUAGAAGUACACUUUGGUGGGUUGUCCGCCCAUGGCAGAUGCUGGUGUAGCCACACACCUACCUCUCUGUCAGGUUCCUAACUAGCUACCACAAGCCUCUCCUGUGGGGUUACAGCCCAUCUCAGGCAGGAUUCUUUGGUUACACAAAACUGCGAGCGGUUG